AUGUCAUCAUCAACAACAACUUCUCCGAAUCGUAAACGACCCAUAUCAUCAUCCAUUCGGUCAUCACCCUCGCCACCAUCAGCAAAACGACAUGGAUUAGCAAAUUCUCGACGUGCGCUCAAAGCAACGACAGAUCAAGCUAAUGAAAGGCAUAGUCGAACGAAACGACAAUAUCGGCAUGUAGAACACCGAAAUUCAUCAUGGGAAUUCAGUCGAUCGUCUUCGAACUCAAAUCAUUCUCGGAAAUCUCCUACCAAUGAUCAAAAUGCAGAUGAACUCUUCGAAAGUUCGGUAAAGCAUAGCAAUUCAAAAUCUGAUAUGCAAAUGGAUAUGAUCUAUACGAAAAAGCCCACAUCGUUAGCAUUAAUUAUGAAACCAUCAGCAAAAAUGUAUCAUAGCGAUGAUGAAUACGAACAAAGUCAACAAAUAUCAACUCGCGUUUUAAAUAAAUCGACAUCAGUCAUCGUUCCACCAUCGGUCACGACGAUUGUGAAAAACAAUUCGGAAUUGUCAAAGAAAUCUCUUCGUAAAGAUAAUGUUAUCAUUCAACAAUAUGAUACAAAUAUUAAUUCGAAUUCUUCAACAAAGUUGGUGAAAUUAAUUGUCCCACAAACUACGAAUUCUUUAUCACCAUCCAUCAAAAUGCUCUCGAGUGGCGAUGGUCUGGCAUCGGCUUUACGUAUUCCAACAAAAAUUCAAUUAACGAAACCGUUACACGUCUCAUCGACUCGACCGGAAAAAUCCUCUGCACUAAUCUCAUCAGCAAACGCUCAUCAAGAUCAAUUAAUACUUUCACCAUCAUCAGCUACUAAUCUACUCGAUGUUCCCGAUCAACAAUCAGUUCUUGGCGAUUAUCACUCACCGACAGCAUUGCCACCUACUCCUCCACCUCCUGUUAUUGAUAAUACGAAUUCGAAUCUUCGAAAUGUGUCCGAUACAUUACGAAAGAGAUCAAAUAAAACUUCAACAAUGAAUACGAAAGCUGUUGAAAAAUCGGAUGAUCCUAUCCUGGAUGAAGCAAUACUACCUAAACGUCAUUCGUCGACCUCAUCUGAUUGGUCUGUUCCACCGACAAGUGAACUAUCCCCUACAUCUUUGACAUCUUCGUCGCCGGAUUUAACUCAAAACCAUUGUCCAACUGAUGAUUCUUUCGUUGAACUCGAUUCAUCGAUUAACAUCAAAGAUUCAGUCAAACGUCAAAGUCGUUCAUUAUCAACAUCAUAUUCAACCCUCCCCUCGUUUACUACGUCCUAUCUACAAUCCAAUGAUGAAACAUUCUUAAAACCAAACAAAUCAAAGUCAUUGACACGCCCGACGGCUAAUUCCAAUGGCCAAAUCAUGUUAAUUAACAAAAAGCGGUCUUUGCAAAAAUCGCCAACUUUGCAAGCGGGUUCAUCCCAACAUAUAAAAAAACGACGACGUGCCAAUGAAAAUCCUGUCAAAAGUCGUUACAAUGAAAAACUCUAUAAAUCGAAAACGAAGCACUUCAAACUGGAUUUGAAUGAUGAAUUCAUCAUCAAAGAUCUCUUAUUUGAAAUGAUCGAACGAGUUGUUUCGACUAGUAAUGAUCAGGCAUUGAAAACUUUACUUAAUACAUCUAUUUCAAACAUAAAACAGAUAAUACCGAUAGGUCGGGUAUCCGAUCGAAAAACGACUUUUCUCCGAACGAACAAAAAAGCGAAUUCAUCAAAACCCAAUGAAUCACGUUCGAAGAUUAUUACACAACGAGAAUUAGACGAACAAGCUUAUCUACUUCAUACGAAAGACCACCGUGGAAAUUAUGAACGAGUUACUAAUCCGGCUAAAAUCGAAGAACGAAUGCGUGAGAUGUGGUCGGAGAUGAGCGAACAAAAGAAGAAUACUUAUUACAAACGAGUUAUUCAAUUAUAUAAAAAACCCAAUCGUGAUGUUGUUAUUACAUCAUCAAGUCUAGAAAAUCAUUCAUUCUUAUCGAAUGAUUCAACUGAUAAUACCAAUUCAUCAACAUUAUCGAUCAGUUCGUUAUCUGUUGAUUUCAAACGACAAACAUCGACACCUUUAUCUUUUCAUUCGGUUCCUUCGUCGAUCCAUGAUGAUCAAUCAACAAUAUCCUCGAAUGAAAGCAGUUCUAAAACGAAUAUCUCAACUGAUAUUGUCAAUGAAUUAAUCAAUGGUGCCAAAGGUUUAGAUAGAUUAUCGUCUUCGCCAACAGUUUUCAUCGAUUCGAUCCAAAAUUUCGUACAAUUACCAAUAGACAAACAAAUUCAAACUGUGCGAAAUCUUGAACAACAACUUGAAAAAAAAUGUUCAACUCAAUUAAACCGUGCGAAUAUUUUUUGUACCCAGAAAAUCAGUUAUUUCACCACAAAAUAUCAAAUCAGCUCGUCAAAUGAAUCUAAGAAUGAAUUAACUCUAAUCGUCAAAUAUUUCUACUUCUUUGUUUUAUCAUUGAACUGUCAGAAACAGGAAAGAGUUUUUCAAACUAUUUUAACUCAAAUUCUUAAUGGAAACUAUACAUCUAUUGAAGAAUCGUAUUGUUCACCAGUUUUAACAAGUGUUAUCGAAGAUCUCAUUCUCUGUUCGUCAUUAGCGAAUGAUUAUUUGGCUUCUCAACCGAUGGUUAUGAACGAUGUGGAAUAUUCAUUACCAUGUGUACGAAAUUCGGAGUUAGAAAACGAAUUAAUCCAUAUGAAUUUAUCAUCAGAUUUGUUUACAAAUGCAAAUGAUUUGCAAGAUUAUUUAAAUCGUUGUGAAAAUGCAACUAUAAACAUUCCAUGUUAUUCUGUCCAACAGUCUCAGCAUUCAUCGAUGUAUUAUCCAACUUAUCAUUCCUCUUCUCAAUUCUAUUAUCCACCAUCACAAUCAAACGAUAUGAAUAAUUAUUAUUAUAAUACCAAUCCUUCAACACCUUAUCCACAUUCAUCACAAAUGUUUUCAUACGGUCAAUCAACAUCUUAUUAUCAUCCUGCAAAUACCUAUGCAAAUAAUAAUAAUAAUAAUAAUAAUGAAAAAUUUAAAUAUUAUUAUAAUCCUCAACAAUCAACAUACCCGUAUCCAUCACAAGUGAACAGUACUACUGACAUUCCAAUAUCGACGAAUUCUUCACUUCAUCGAUCGUAUCGCCAGAUGAAUCCCAAUUUACAAAGAACGUUUAGUAAUUCUCAACAACCAACAACAUCUUCACCUGUGUUCGAUUCACCGUCAGUUGUUUCUCCACAAUCAAAACUACUGAACUCAACAAAUCCAAAUUAUCCAUCCUAG